GUUUAAUUGUUUUUAAGUGGGAAGAGAAUUAUGGAAGCUAAUUUCAAACACGUUUCUUUUGAAGAAAUGAGCGGAAUUGAUGAAGAUUAUGAUAAGGAAUGAAAAUAUCAAGUUUCACAAUUAAUUGAGCUGGAAGGAUUUUCAGCUGCACAAGCACUUUAUUAUCAUAAUCUUGAAACCAAUCCUGAUGUAAAGGAACCUAAAGUGUUAGUCAUUGUUGGGCCUGGUAUUAAUGGUGGAGAUGCAUUGGUCGCUGCUAGGCAUUUGAAGUUCUUUGGCUAUGAUAUCACGAUAUUUUACCCAAAGAGACCAAAGAAGGAGAUGUUGGAGAAUCUCACACUUCAGUGUGAAAAUAUUAGUAUUCCCUUUAUUGAGUCCCUUCCUGAAGAAUUUGGGAGUGACUCAUAUGAUUUCAUUCUUGACGGAAUCUUUGGCUUUACUUUCAAAGGAGAGAUCAGAAGUCCCUUUAAAGAAAUCAUUGACCAAAUAGGAGCUAGUGGGAUCAAGAUAGUAUCCGUAGAUGUCCCUUCUAGUUGGCAAUGAGAUGAAGGGAAUGUUAAUUCUACUUACACCCCUGACAUUCUGAUUUCCCUCACUGCACCAAAGAAAUGCUCAGAAGGAUUCUCUGGUGUUCACUACAUUGCAGGCAGGUUUACACCAAAGUUUAUUGUUGACAAAUAUGGCCUUUCAGUUCCCCCAUAUGAGGGAUGCAAUCAGUUUGGAAAGAUAAACUAGUGCUUGAUUCAAUACGAUACGGAUAUUUAGGG